GAAUUUUACAGAAGUUAAUGAAGACAACAAAAAUAAUCUAUUCCAAGAAGUAUUUUCUUCUGUUGAAACUUUGACAUUUACUUUUGGGGAUAUCUUUGCAAACUUCCUUAUGGGACACGUACACAGACUGCCUGUUUUUCGGGAAAAUAAGUCUUUUGAAAACAUUUCUGUGGACUCAGUCAAGCCAUCUAAUGAACCAGGAAAUUUUUCUCCUGUAGAAUUAGACAAUGUGCUAUUAAAAGACACUGACUGUAUUGAAUUGGCUUUCUCAUAUGCUAAAACAUGGUCAAAAUAUACAAAAAACAUAGUGUCAUGGAUUGAACAAAAGCUUAACUUGGGUGAGUUUUCUUUUGGAGCAUCUGAUUAACUUUGGAGUGUAAGAACUAAAUUGUUUAUGAUCAUUUUCUAUAGACUGUAAGUAUUAUGAUUACAGAUUAGUUGUUUCAUUGUAAUAAAUAAAAUCAUUAUUCAUU